AUCAAAGAAUAAUAUGCAACCUAUUCCAAUUUACACUUUACCUGCUACCUGCGAACUAUGUGGUGAAUGGAUGCCAAAUCAUGCUAGCACCUGUCCUCGUAACGGAGUACAUCCUUCUCAAUGGUCUGCUAGCUCAGAUGAAGACAGCACUCAUUCUCAACCUACACAUACUAUAAUCAAUCUUCAGCUUUAAUAUACACCAAUAUCCUUUUGUUCCUUGUACCCUUACACGCAUAUACAUACCUUUUGUCCAUUCAAUAAACUCACAGACAUAUAAAUAUACAGUUCAUGCAUGCGUCUUAUUGACAGAAUAGAACCAUUUCGCGUCAAUAUUGUUACUUAUUGUCGUUAUUCAUUGCCUUUGUGCAUGCACAGCGCGUAAGAAAUAACGAAUAUUUUUGUUCAGUUAUCUACAGGACAAUGUUACUUCAUACUUAGUAUUC